UUCUUAACAGUACCUAUGGAUGAAAAAGGACAUGGCUUCUAUCAAUAGAGCUAAAAUUCCUUGGCUAAUAUUUAUGGGGCACAGACCAAUGUACAUUUCCUCAACUGGACUGUUUAGUGUUGAUACAGAUUUUGCUAAAGAAGUUGAACCCUUAUUAUUGGCCAACAAAGUUGAUUUGGUUCUGUUUGGACAUGUCCAUAACUAUGAGAGGACUUGUUCUGUUUACAAAAAUUCUUGUUUGGCUAUGCCUAAUAAGGAUCAAAAUGGUGUUGAUUCAUAUGAUCAUAAUAACUAUAGUGCACCAGUUCGUGCAGUUAUUGGUAUGGCUGGCUUCUCUCUUGACAAGUUCCCUAAUGAUGUAAGUCAUUUUCUCUUAUCCCGAACUAUUUAAAUUAAUCAUAGUUAAUUAUUCUUAGUGAUACAGAUUUUGCUAAA